AUGCUACACGAAGAAAUUAAAGCAUCAAAAAUGAAACAAAUCCUCAGAUUAUUUAUUGUACUUGCUUUCAUCGUUGUAAUGGUAACUCCAAUGGCCGUAAAUAAGCGACAAUUGCCAGAGUGUCCAACAGAUGACAAUACAACUGCACCACCCAAUAUGUCCGAUAAUGAUGCUGUUCCAACGUCCAACGAUGACACUUGUUAUAAGCCUAAACCCGCAAAUGCUUAA